CUGACUCAUCACUCCCAUGUCGUCGCAACUCUCACACAGCGUAACCCUCCGGAUACCGUUCCACACCGCACAACACGCCGCGCAUGCCAAGCGCGCGCUCGACGUAGACCGCGAGGUGAACGCCGGCUUCGUGGAGCGGAGCACCAAGGUUGAGGGCGACGAGCUGGUGGUCCUCGUCCGCGCAACCUCCCUCCGCCUCCUCCGCCUCGCGACCAACUCAUUCCUCUCGUCGGUCGAGCUCGUCCUCCGCACAAUGGGCGAGUUCGCGCCCGACCCCGACGAGGUGCUACCCUCCGACGCCGAGCUCGAGGCCAUCUCUGCUGCUGCGCACCUCGAAGGCGGCGGGCGGAAGGGGAUCGAGUUGAAGGGUGGGGCUGGGGCUGGUGGGGGCGAGGAGGUCAAGUAA